AUGAAGUGGGAAUGCGUUACAGCUGUGAACUCAGGUGUGAAGAUACCAGGGCGGGAAAACAGGGCCGUAGGUAAAAAAACUGUUACUUUCUACAGAGCGUCUCAUGAAGCUUCCUUUGGUGCUGAUCAGCAGCUGCUGGAUCAAGUCCAUAAAUCUCGGGAAGUCUACCUGAAAGAAGCAGAUCUGAAUGAAUGUCAGAUUAUUUUUGUGUUCUGUGCCAUCAACACUCGUAUAGAGUCAGAUAUGAAGGCUGCCAUGGAACAAAUCCCAGCUGGUUAUAAACCUGUGAUUCUUGUUGUGAUGCACCACACCAGAGACAUCGACUUUACAACAACAAGGAAGAAAUGGAAGGAAAAAUAUGAAUAUGUUCAGCUUGAUGUGGAAGUUCUCUUUCACGGGAGUGAAGGAGGCUUACUGAGAUGUGAGAAGAACAAGCAAGCUGUUGAAGAAAUAAAAAACGUCCUCAAAGAAAAUAUCAUACAAAAGAGGAAGAAAACAGGGACAAGAAAUAAGAAGAGAUAA